AUGCUAUCAGCUAUGCGGUCGAGACAAAAGCUUUGCCAUUUGCGCAGCGCCUCCCCGGUCGAAAACCUCCCUCGAGUCCCUCCGAUCUAUGGUUUGCCCACCGAAAUUGUCGCCCACAUCCUAGGUUGUCUCGACUCGCGAUCGCUGCUCUCAACAAUUCUCGCACAUCCCCUAUUCCAUGCGACUUUUCAAACCUUCCAACAACAUGUUCUCAAAGAAAUCCUGCUUCGCUUGGUACCACCACAGCUAUUGCCUCUAGCCUUCGCUACAUACGAGGCCGAGUCAAUCGACUAUUCGGACUGGAACAGCAUUCGGCGCCUGCUUGAUCGGGUUCAUGUUCGCCAAGAUCAAGCCGUGUCGAGUCCCUCGCCCGCGCUGGGACUGCCGCCAUUGCCUCUCACCCAUCGUAUGGUAGCAGCAAUCGAACGCAUACACCGUAUGAUCGAAUACUUUACCCACGAUUUAACUCAGCGAGCGAUACCACGAUUCAACUACAUCUUCGAGACCACAAGACCUGCCACUAUUUCACCGUCCGAGGAGCUCCGCAUCUUGCGCGCCUUUUACCGCUUUCAACUGUAUUGCAACAUCUUUGGACGGAAGGCCAUAGAGAGCGCGGGGCAGGCAAAUCUUACGGCGCCGAGAACCAAGGAUGAAGUCUGGGCAAGCGUGACAUUGUCGAGCAAGAGCCCGGAGGACAUGCUGCGCGAGCUGGAAACCUUUUUCUGGCCCUGGCCUCGUUGGGCAAAUGAGCAGUUGGCCUGUGUUUUCGAGUACCUCGAGGCCGUCAUCUCGGUCUUUUUCGACGACGUAGCCGCUCACGACGUCGAAUGGGGCUGGCGGAAAGUCGAUUGGGUCGAACCGAAUAUUGCCACCCCCCAUCGGCGGUUCCUACUCUUCAACGGCCUUGGUCUUCCUUACCGACUGAGACACUCCGACGAGUUUGAGAUCUGGAAAUCCCUGCUGGACUCAGCCGACGUGGGCGGAACGGGGACCGGCAAAGAAUGCAUUGUCACCAUGGCAAGUUCGUUAACCGAGUCGGUAGCGGGGAGAAAUUCCCUAAUACGUCUCGGCCUUUACAACAUCAACUACCCUCGGGGGCUUGAGGGCCAAGCCAGUUGGAAGGGAAUUGAUGACGCAGAGACCCUUCCAGCACAACUGUGGAAAGUCGCCAAUGGUCCCUACGGUUCUGUUUUGGACCGCACAAAUCUCCUUGUCAGAGAUGCCGGAUACGUCUUCUGGGACGGCUACGUGGGAGAAGCCGCAGAGGUGAUGGAACGAGUGGAGAAUUGCUCUUGGACUUUUAACGGCAGACUCUUCCCACACGAGAUACCGAAGCUGCGGCAGGUCAUGCGGCGGUCCUGGGAGAAAAGGAGCAAGAUUUGGUUGGAAGGCGGUCGGGGAUAUUGGGUGGAUGAUCCCGUCAGGAUUCCGUCUCCAAAGGACUCUGUUGGACUUACCAUUACAGAUGGGUAA